UGAUAGGUGGUGGAAUUCUGAUGACUUAGUGAACCAAGUGGUAGAGCGUGCAAUCUCAAUAUUUGAGGCACGUUUUCCAGGUGCGAAGGCCCUUUUUGCAUUCGAUAAUGCAACUAGCCAUGCUGCAUAUGCAGACAACACUCUUGUAACAAAUAAUAUGAAUUUGUCACCUGGUGGAAAACAAGCAAAAAUGAG